CCCGCCAUGGCUCCCCGCACGCUGAGCUCAGGUACAUAUACAGAGGCUUCGCCCAUGCCCCCGUAGCCUCCAAAGAUGAGAGGGACACCCGCGUCGCUCUGUUCAUGGACGCCAUCUUCGCGCUCGCCGCGGGUCCCCGGGCGCGCGUCCUGGAGCGCGCGGCGACCCGAAUCCCAGGCUGCCUCUACAUCUUCCUCUGGGCGCCGGUGAUCGCCGGCCACCUCCCUCCCAGCCUUUUCCGCUGCGUGGACGCGUGGAUCAGCAACACCGCCGCCCCCGCCGGCGGCGAUCGCGCACGGGAGGUGUUCGAGGCAUACCGGCGAUCGUUCUGCGCCAUCGUAAGCGGCUGCGUGCCGGGGUGGGCGUACAAGGACGGCCGCCCGUACAUGGAGCUGCCGGAGCCGGACCUCACGGCGUCGGCGUCGCUGCAGGUGCAGCAGCAGUUCUACCAUGAAGCCGGCACGAAGACGGCGGUCUUCAUGAGCUGCGACCACGGCGAGAUCGAGGUCGGGCUGUCGAGCGCCCCGGCGCCGCCGGCGGUGGCGAACCACGUGCAGGAAUCGCUCCUGGAGGAGUUCAUGCAGCUAACGCCGGCGGUGCCGUCGUCGUCGUCGUCCUCCCUGCCGUCCCUCUCCAUCGGGAGCCCCGAGUACUCGUCGCUCAUCCGCUCAAUGGCCACGACGGCCGCCGCCGAGCCAUCCUCGCAGGAACGGCAGCCGCUGCCGCUGCACCCGGCGGUGCAGCUGCCCGGCUUGCUCCUGCCGGUAUACGGCCACGCGCCGUUCCUGGCCCCCGAGGACGAGGACGCCGCCAUAGCGGAGGCAAUGCUCGCGGUCAUCUCCUGCUCCGCGCCGCAGCCGCCGGCGCCCACCGACGUGCCGCCGUCUCCUCCGUGGCUCGCCCGCCACCGCGCGCAGAGGUGGUCGCCCCGGCGCCGGGCGCCGGGGGCGUUCAGGGCGUACUGCUCCGCGCUCUCGCCGAGGGCGCGGCCGCGGCCGGGCGCGCCGGGGCAGAGGAUGGCCAAGACGGCCAUCGCGCUCAUGCUGAGCGUGCACAUGGCAAUGCGCGACCGGGAGCUCGCCGCCGCGCGCCGGCAGGAGGACGCCGCCGCCGGGCAGCCCCCGGCGCCGCAGCAGCAACAACACACCAGCAGCCAGCUGCACCACAUGAUCUCGGAGCGGCGCCGGCGCGAGCGGCUCAACGAGAGCUUCCAGACGCUCCGAGCACUGCUCCCUCCCGGAUCAAAGAAGGACAAGGCCACGGUUCUCGCCAACACGACGGAGUACAUGCACAAGCUGAUCGCCGACGUGGCAGACCUCGAGAAGAAGAACCGGCACCUCGAAGCACAGAUCGGCCUGCCCCUUGAGACCCAGCAAGCCGGGAGCGAUGACUCGUCAGAGAGAGUGCAAGUGGAUGUGACCACUGGCGCAUCAACCUCGACGUCGACGUCCGCCGCCGGACAAGCUCAGGAAGUGAGCAUUAGGGUGACGGUGCGGGCCGAAUGCGACCUGCCGGAAGUAGUGAUCGCCAUUCUCGCCAGGAUCAAGAAGAUGGGGCGCUUCGCCGUGGUGACCGUCGAUGCGCGGCAGCGGAGCAGCAGACAUGCGCAAGUCAGCAUUACACUGCGACUCACGGCUGGUAGCGACGAGGCCGACGAGACGUCCCUCAAGGAAGCUGUGGCGAAGGCUGUCGAGGAUGCGGUGGCAAGACCGCCGUCGCCGCCGUAGCCUGUCGCCCGCCGCGCCGGAGCUCUAUUUUCUAGAUGUGCGAGCACAUCAGUUUUGACCGGAUCAGGGCAAGGGGAAAGCACAAUUCGGUGGCUGUGGUCUGUCUGUUUAAUUUUCUUGGGUCAUUUUCUUCACAUGUCGUGUGCUCCUUCUUUAGGCAAGAAGAUUGAUUAGGCUCUUUUGUUUUGGCAUUGUUACUUGUUAGGUCAGGGGUCAGGGAAGAGGUACAUAGCGGGGACUGAUUAGCUAUCUUAGUCCUUAGGAUAAUGUGAAAUUGGUUGUCUGUUGUGAAGUAGAUUUUCCCUUUGGGCAUGCGCCCUCAUGUGGUCACUUUUAAAUUAACAUGCUCUAAGACUCGUGUACUAUCA